CCGGGUAUUUUGACGAAACAGGUGUAAGUCAGUGACACAUCUGUUGGGCAACAUUUACCACUUUAUUUUGGGGAAUAUUCGUUAUCCUUGUACUCCUGUUACUUAUAAGUAGGACGCACACGCGUAAAACAACUGUAAAAGACGAGUUAGUUCAUCAGUUCACGUGGCGACAUUCUUUGGGAAACGUCAUUUCGUGUUCACAUUUGUUUGAUAAGAACUUAGCUUUUAACUCAAUCAUUUUAUCUUCGACUCAAAGAAAUUUAUUUCACCGAAAUCUAAAGACGAUGGAAGGAAGUGUAGAAAAAGCACCAGUGACGGUUAUUGCAAAUACUGGCUCAAAUCCUUGGAACAAAAAUCAGACGUCGAGUCCCUGGGGAAAACCAUCAUCAACAACAACUACGCCGUGUUCAUUUCAAGAUGUGAUGAGUGAACAACUGGCUGUAGAGCUAACAGAAGAAGAUCAUUUGAUGUCAGAUAAAAAGUGCCAGCAAGAAAUUGAUGAUGCUACCCUGGCCGCGAUGCUUGCUGCUGGUGUUGACAGUGACGACACAAAGAAUGACAUCCUCUUGGCAGAGAUGUUACAGCAUGAGUUUGACAAAGAGUUUGACCAGCAACUCCAGAGAAAAGAAAACAAGCUGAAUGGAACAAGCAAGGUGUCUAUAUCAUUCCUUAACUACCGCUCCUCACACCCUGCCCUGGGCCCUGAGGAGGGUGAUGAGGAAGACUUAGAGGAGCAGAGUACAGGCUGGGACGAACCCUCCCCAGUAUUCAACAGAAUAGGGAUCUCUGGAAAAGGAAAAAACAUCACAACUAAACAUGACGCUGUGAUUUGUGGACGAAGGAAUGCCACUAGAAUGAUGGAGUUCCCGCCCGAGUUUGAGGUUGGUGACGGUGAAGGGAUGGAUAUGAAACUACCAAACCACGUGUACAACAAGCUCAAAUUACAUUCUCUGUCAGAGAACAAGAGGAGCCACCGUGUCCACGAGAAAAAAGAACACUCCACAGCUGAACAUGUGAUGGAUGAACGGACUCGCUUGCUGAUUUACAAGUUGGUCAACAUUGGACUGCUAGAGUCUGUGACAGGAAGCAUCAGUGCUGGCAAGGAAUCGAUUGUCUUCCACGCUUUUGGUGGCAGUGUUGAUGAACACCCUGUCCCCGAGGAAUGCGCUAUCAAAGUGUACAAGACAACGCUGAAUGAGUUCAAGACCAGAGAGAAAUAUGUUCACGGGGAUCAUAGAUUUAUCAGGGACGACUACAAGAAGUUCAACCCUCGCAAAAUCAUCAGAAUUUGGGCCGAGAAAGAAACAUGUAAUUUGAAUAGAAUGAGGAAAUUCAACAUUCCGUGUCCAUCCGUAGUGGCUCUGAAGAAGCAUGUGCUGGUGAUGUCAUUUGUUGGCAAGGACCAGAAACCAGCGCCAAAACUCAAGGAAGUUCGUCUCCCCACAGAACUCUGGCAGGACGCUUAUGAACAGACAGUCACGGCAAUGAAGACUCUACACAACAGAUGUUUACUGGUGCACGCAGAUUUGAGCGAGUACAAUUUAUUGUGGCAUGAAGAGAAAGUUUGGUUUAUUGAUGUCAGCCAGGCUGUGGACGUACAACACCCUAAAGCAUUUGAGUUCCUCUACAGAGACUGUAUCAACAUUGUCACGUUUUUCAAGAAGCAGGGCGUGUACGAUGUUCCCACCCCAGAGGCUUUGUUCAAUGACAUCACAGACCUGAGUCUGAAGGGGGAAGGAGAGGUUUUCUUGAUAGAGAUUUGUCGCUAUGAACAAGAUCGUUCAAAGAGCAUCACAUUUCGUGCUAAAGAAUUCUCAAAGAAAGAAUAUGCGUUUGACUACUUCUUCGAGGAGUCAGUGAAGGAGAAAAAAUCAGCUUUGGCGCAUGUCACUUUGUCAGACAGUGAAGAAGAUUCACCUCCUGAAGCAGAAGAGGAUGAGGAAGCAAGGGAAUGAACUCUGCACGGUCCUUAAAACCAUAGGAUCAAUAUUUCCUUAAAUCAUGUCUGCGCCGUUGUUCUUCAAGGGUAUGGCUGACAGGCUGCAUCAAUGGAUGGGCAGCUGGCUGGAUCAGUGGAUGGGAGGCCAGUUGUGUCGCUGGCAGGAUGGCUUGCUGACUGGUUUGGUGGGCUUGCUGGCUGGCUUGUCGGCUGUCCAGUUGGCUGGCUGAUUGAGUUGCUUGCUGACUGGUUGGCUUG